GCGCUCCGGUGACCGCGGCCGCUCUGCGCCCCUCCCCCGCCCCGCGCAGCGCACCCGCCCGUCGCUCCGCACUGGGUUGGAUGGUUGUGUCGGGCAGGGUGGCUCCAGGAUGUUAGGGACUGUGAAGAUGGAAGGGCAUGAAAGCAGCGACUGGAACAGCUACUACGCGGACACUCAGGAGGCCUACUCCUCUGUCCCAGUCAGCAACAUGAACUCUGGCCUGGGCUCCAUGAACUCCAUGAACACCUACAUGACCAUGAACACCAUGACCACGAGCGGCAACAUGACCCCGGCUUCCUUCAACAUGUCCUACGCCAACCCGGGCCUAGGGGCGGGCCUGAGUCCCGGUGCUGUGGCCGGCAUGCCCGGGAGCUCUACGGGAGCCAUGAACGGCAUGACUGCAGCAGGUGUCACUGCCAUGGGCGCAGCGCUGAGCCCCGGAGGUAUGGGCUCCAUGGGCGCGCAGCCCACAGCCUCCAUGAACAGCCUGGGCCCCUACGCUGCCGCCAUGAACCCGUGCAUGAGCCCCAUGGCGUACGCGCCGUCCAACCUGGGCCGUAGCCGUGCGGGGGGAGGCGGGGACGCCAAAACGUUCAAGCGCAGCUAUCCGCAUGCCAAGCCGCCCUACUCCUACAUUUCGCUCAUCACCAUGGCCAUCCAGCAGGCGCCCAGCAAGAUGCUCACACUGAGCGAGAUCUACCAGUGGAUCAUGGACCUCUUCCCCUAUUACCGUCAGAACCAGCAGCGCUGGCAGAACUCCAUUCGCCACUCGCUGUCUUUCAACGACUGUUUCGUCAAGGUGGCGCGUUCCCCUGACAAGCCCGGCAAGGGCUCCUACUGGACGCUGCACCCGGACUCCGGCAACAUGUUCGAGAACGGCUGCUACUUGCGCCGUCAAAAGCGCUUCAAGUGUGAGAAGCAGCCGGGGUCCGGAGGCGGGAGCGGGGGCGGCGGCUCCAAGGGAGUCCCCGAAAGCCGCAAGGACCCCUCAGGUGCAGGUAACCCCAGCGCGGAGUCACCCCUUCACCGGGGUGUACACGGAAAAGCUGGCCAGCUAGAGGGCGCGCCGGCCCCCGGGCCCGCCGCCAGCCCCCAGACUCUGGACCACAGCGGGACCACGGCGACAGGGGGCGCUUCGGAGUUGAAGUCUCCAGCGUCUUCAUCUGCGCCCCCCAUAAGCUCCGGGCCAGGGGCGCUGGCAUCUGUACCCCCCUCUCACCCGGCACACGGCCUGGCACCCCACGAAUCUCAGCUGCAUCUGAAAGGGGACCCCCACUACUCCUUUAACCACCCGUUCUCUAUCAACAACCUCAUGUCCUCCUCGGAGCAGCAGCACAAGCUGGACUUUAAGGCAUAUGAGCAGGCACUGCAGUACUCUCCUUACGGCGCCACCUUGCCCGCCAGUCUGCCCCUUGGCAGCGCCUCGGUGGCCACGAGGAGCCCCAUCGAGCCCUCAGCCUUGGAGCCGGCCUACUACCAAGGUGUGUAUUCCAGACCCGUGCUAAAUACUUCCUAGCUCCCAGGACUGGGGGUUUGUCUGCAUGGCCAAUCUGGUAGCAGGAGAGGAAAAACCAACAGUAAACAAAACCACACACAUCAAACCAACCACAUAAUAAAACCCCAACUCUUUUUAUUUUCCAUGCACAAAUUUCCCCAGUUCAAAGGACUGUUACUUUCUUAUUGUAUUCAACACUCGUGUGUAUUAUUACAAAUACGACUGACUCCGUAUCAACAAUUUUUUUUCCUGCAACGUCUAAUGAUCCAUAAAUGUACAUAUAGAAAAUCUUCCUCCUUCCUUGCCCGCUUCUCCUUUUCACUCCUUCCCCUGUGAACACAUUCUAGUCUGUGCAGGGCUUAUUUAAAAAGAAGAUGGUCAAGUUUGUAAGAUAUUUGUUUGUGCUUUUCUGUUGUUGACGUUGUCGUUGUUGUUAUCGUUGCUUUUUUUUU